AUGCUGCUUACCGGGAAGCUUGUGGCGUAUGGAGAGCCAGUGUUUGCACAAGUGCAUGCAAAAUGGCUGAAGGCAAUCUUUACCAAGACUGGUCUGAACGACAUGUAUGUGGUUGCAAGCAAAGGUGGUGUUCGAGUCACUCGAUCGGUGAGACGCACAGGCCACAUGUGCCUCCUGCAACACCUGUGGAAGAUCUGCUUCCACUCACAAGUCCUGGUGCCAUCAGGUGCUGCUCUGGAGACAGACGAGGCCAGCGAUGUUCGUGAAGAACGUGCUUCGAAAGUCCCAAGAAUCCGAACGGUUUCUUUUGGCAACAAAGACGACGAUUUGAAUGACGAGCCCUUUAAGUUUGUGGAUGCAGAAUGGUCGGACUUCGAGUUUGUUGAUCCGGACUACGACAAAAGCUCGAGAACCGAACCCGACUUGGCAGUGCAGAACGAGGCGGAGCAGAGCGUUGAUGCCAGUGCUCUUUGGUUUCCAGACAGUGGAUGUGAACCGAGUCUUUCAGAGUCAGAGUUGUUCGAAAUUGACAGGAUCGCUGAUGCUGUGGAAGUGAAUAGGCUGAUACAGAAGGGUGUGUUGCGCCCAUCGUCCGAGAAGGACAACGUUUCAUCAAUGAAGAGCGAGCAAUACGCAAUAUGUGCUAUGGACGUCAAAGACGCCUAUCUAGAGGUGCCUCAGGAAGAGCCCGUCGUCGCAGAUCUACCCAAAGUUGACGACGGCCUCAUGCUUGCCGUGUGCAAGCCAGUGGCGUGGCCACUGGCGGAUGGUGUGUUCCUUGGCCCUGUUAUGAGCGGUUCUGACAGCUCUGAGGAUUUUUCUUCUUCUUCGAGCGACGACCGCGUUUUGAUCCUUGCAGGGCCUCUGCCGCCGUUUCGGCCAGUUUUGUUGCGCCCCAGAGCCUUCUACGACGAUCUGCUGCGUGAUCAGGUUGCCGCUCCCACCGGCCUUUGGUCUUGGGUCGUUGACAGCAAUUUGGUUGCCGUGCUUCUGAGCCAGAGCGAGGGCUCCAGGAUUUUGCUGGCACUUCCUUUCCGCAGCUGGCCCUCGCUGCUCUGCACAGCCAAAGGUCCUAUGAAGUGCAUUUUCAGUGAUGAUGCCGACUUUGCUGUGCAAUCCCCAUCCUUGGAGCCCUUGUUACCGCCAGAGGUGAGCACGCCUGAUCGGCUGGUCGAGUGCUUGGAGCAUGUGACCGACUUGAAGUCAUUCUUUCAAACCACGAUUUCUAAUGUUGCUGACUGCGAUAUUAAUGAGACCCUUGGAAGUUUGCUUCACAUUGCAAUCAAUAAGUUGUGUGUCGUCGUGGAACGGUGCACAGGACAGCCGCCCGACCCUGAGGACAUUGAGGCCAGGACGGGGCUCCGCAGCCCCUACACGUUGAUCAAGAGGGCCAAUUCCCUCCUCGCCUAUCUUCGUUGGGUCGAUGGUCAGCCCCUUGCAAAUCUGUCCUUCUCGGGUGUGUUCCAAGAGACUCUUGUUUGGGAACAUUUUCAGUACUUGAAGAAAGAAAACAAGCCUCCGACCAGCGGUUCGACGUUGCUUUCUGCCAUGCGGUUCUUGCACUACGUCCUUGAGGUGGAUGUGCAGGUAUGCAUUUCUAGCCGGCGCAUCGUCGGUGCCAGUCAGCAGUUGGCUGCUAAGACCCGUUGGCUCAAGCAGGCUCGUGCAUUAACAGUUGAUCAGGUUCGCAAAUUGCAUGAACUUCUCGAAGGCAGUGACGACCCCCUGUUGCGUUGCUUCGCUGCAUAUGCCUUGAUCGCCGUCUAUGGACGAUGUCGGCACUCUGACCUGCAGUGCAUCUGGGACCUGGAGUGCGAUUUCGAUGGUGUUUCGGGCUUUCUGCAGAUUCGAACAGGUCGUCACAAGACCUCGACCACCGCCAAGAAGAAAGCGCAGUUUUUGCAUAUCUUGGUCCCUGCACAGGGAGUGGUCUCUCGUCCCUGGCUGCCUCUUGCAAUCCAGGCGUUUGAAGCUGUUAACCUGUGUUUAAUUGGCAAGAUUGACGGGCCCAUUUUCCGCCCACCCCUUGAUGCUGAGUGCUCUGCCCUCUGUGCUCGCCCCGUGUCCUCGCAAGAAGUGUCCAGGAUGCUUCGUCAAGCCCUCGAUUUGCCUGAGGACUCCGGCGUGUCCUCCCAUUCCCUCAAGGUCACUGGCCUGUCCUGGGCAUCCAAGGCUGGCGCGCGCGCUGGCAUGGACCGUGAUACUUGUGCUGUCUUGGGUCGGCAUGCUCGCAAUCAACUCACGACUGAGGUUGUGUACAGCCGUGACCUCAGCGCGGCCCCGUCGUUGGCCUUUUCUCGCUUGUUGCAUCAGGUGGCUCUUGGGGUGUUCAUGCCAGAUGCUCCUUUGCGCGCUUUCUGGAGCGAGUCCUGUGAAGCCUCUCCUGGCCUAGCACCAAUUUUGCCUGUGGUGCGACCCUCCGGAGCCAUCAAAGUUGAAGAUUCCGCCUCCGAAGCCGCGGAGUCUGCGCAUGAGAGCAGCGAGGAUUCCUCCGCUUCUGAGGCCUCCCGAAGCAGCAGCUCGGACAGUGGGACCCCUUCCUCAAGCCCUCCCCUCAGCAAAAAGGCCCGCUGCUUUCUGCCUGAGACACGGGAUGAGUCCGACGUCUGGGUGAUCCACCGUCGUUCCCGCAAGUUGCACUUGGUCCGCGGCCAAAGAAAUCUUGAUGCGUGCCUUCAAGUUCUUGCAUGCGGACGUGUGCGCUCCGAUGCGUACAGAGUUGCCGAGGAUGCUGACCUGGAUGCGGUCGAGUGUCAAGGUCAACAGCUAGCCGAUGAUCAGUGGCAUACUUGGGUCCAAACCUCCAUCCCCGCCGCAUCAGCCGGGGAAGCUGCGAGUGUACGCCGACUCGUCUUCGAGGCGCAAACACUUACCUUGGCAGAUCUCAAGGACCAGGUUACCAACCCCAGUGCCUCUGCCGCCCGACCCCUUGCAGAAGCAGAGCGCGACAAACGCAUGGCUGCUUUAAAGGCCAAGGUUUCCGGUGUGAUCAUAGAAGGUGAUGCGGAGCCCAGCCGGGCCCUGUUGGAAUUGGCCUGCACCAUGAGUUCGCUGGAUGAGAUAAGGUAUAUCGCCCCUGAGAAAUGCACCUCCCGCUUGAGCGAGGUAGCCCUUGCCAAGCCCCUCGCCCGUGUCGUCGAGCUGGAGCAGCAGCGGCUUGUUCUCAAGGACCAGGAGCUCCCGUGUGACGCCCAAGUUCACAACCCCUUGCUCCUCUCUGCAGCAUUCCGUCGUCGAGGACUGGCGCUGGCAUUUGCAGACGUGGUUGAUUUUCUUGCACAUGAAAAAUACGUCAAUGAGCUGAUGCGACACCUGACAAACCCCGACGCCCUGCCAGGGGGUGCUUGCCAGCUGCAUCAAGUUGUCGAGGCUGACCGCUUGGUUCAUGUGUGGAUGCUUGAGAAAGGAAUCCGGCCCCGGCGCAAGAGUGACGGAUCCCGCGCCAUGGAUGACGCUCUCUUUGAAGCGCUCUCGUCGUAUCGCGUUUCCUUCGUCUUGAUCCCUCGUGGAAGCACGGCUGCUGGGAGUGGCGGCGGUCGAGGAAGGAAGCGCAAGAAGACCAAAGAUGACAAGGGCAAGAAGGAUGAUAAAGCUGAGAAGAUUCCCCCUGCGCCCAAGGACCCACCUGCUCGCCCCCCGAAAGGUCCAGGCAAAGGUGCUGCCAACCGUGCGGCUGUCCCCAAGGCCAUUCUCGACAAGGGUGGCAAAGCCCAAACGCCCGAUGGCAAAGCCAUCUGCUACGGGUUCAGCCUUGGGGAGUGCCGGGUGGCCAACUGCCCCCGUGCCCAUGCCAACCUGUUCUGGAAGUUCGCGAACGGGCUAAUCUUUCUCCUGCAUACAGGCCCCUUGGUGAGCCCGUGCCUAGGUCACCUGGCUCUGCAAGUGACCUGCCACCCCAACCCGCCUGCUGUGGCUCUUGACUUACGUGAACAGCCUUCGCCCUGCCAGUGGGUCGUGGACGUGGCUCGUGCGGAGCAUCUUGCCCGUGCCUCUGUCAACAGCCCUUCGCUUGAAGCUGCCCGGCGCAUUCUUUGCCUGCUUCCCUCUGAGGUCCCCGCACGGGGCCAAGCGCAUAGUGCCUCUCACUCCUGGACCUGCGGCAUGUGGACCUGGGGUGCCCGUGCGGGCGUUCGCGGCUUCACGAAACGUUUCCCCGCUGUGACACGUUUCUUUUGUGCUCUACUUCGCCAGCACUUCCCUGGCCACGCAUUCACGAAUGCUGCUGUGUUCACAAACCUGCGCGCGGAACCGCACGUUGACUCCUGCAACGUGCCUGGUUUCCCCAACCUGCUUCUGCCAAUCAGCCUUUUCCGGGACGGCGACGUCUGGCAAGAAUCUCCAGUUGGCCGUGUUCCGCUGGCAGGGCACGAUGCCCUGGGCAUACGGCUCCGCGUCAGUUUGGGGCCCCAGACCUUAGACGCCAGCCGCCUGCAUGCCACACUCCCUUGGAAAGGCGUUCGGUGUUUGCUUGUGGGAUAUUGCCUUCAGGGUUGGGAGCGGCUGUCCGAGAAGGAACGACAGGAGCUCCUUAGUUUGGGUUUCCUUAACCCCGGUUCCCUAGUCCAGCCUGCCCCUGUGCGGCCCCUCACGCCCCCCACCCCGCCUUUAAUUUUGGAGUUAUUCUCCGGGUCUGGUCGCGUCACUGCGGCCCUGCGUGCACUUGGUUUUGAGGCUGUUGCCAUUGACAAGGUCAAGAGCGUUGGGUGUGCCGCCCCGCCCUGGGUGCUCGAUGUCUCUACGCCAGACGGCCUUGCCCAGCUGCUCCAACUUGUGCAAAACCCGCGCGUCUUGGGGUUGUUCGCCGCUCCGGCUUGUGGCACGUGUUCUCUGGCCCGUGGCAUUCCGUGCUGGGACAGCCAGGGCAAUCCGGUGCCUGUGCCCCGGCCUCUGCGGUCAGACCGUCACCCGGACGGUAUGCCCGACCUCCCCCCCGGUGAUGCUCGCCGUGUGCGCCUUGCAAACGAAAGCUACCUGGCGCUUCGACAGGCCGUGCGCCUGGGUGUGCAGCGUGGCAUCUUGAUUGCUGUGGAGAAUCCGCGGUCAUCCUUGUUUUGGAAGACUUCCUUUUGGCGCGACGUGGCUCCUGCUUUUCGCUAUGUGGAUCACCAGGCGUGCGCCUAUGGUGGCGACCGCCCCAAGUUCACCCGGAUUGCCUACACGCACCCUUCUUUCGAGUCCUUGUGCAAGCUGUGUCCCGGCUGCCCUGCGCAUGCGUCUUGGGGUGUCGACCCCGCGGCCCCCAACGGUUUCGCCACCAGUCGGGAGACCGCCUACCCUCGUCCCUUGGCUCAUGCCAUUGCGCAGUGCUUCGCGAGUGCCCUUCCCACUGUCGAGCCGCCGGGCCUCCAGCUUCCGGCGUUACGCAGCCUGGCUGGACUUCAACCAAAAGCUAGCAAGGUGCCAGCCUUGGUCCCGGAGUACAAGACCACUUGCGUGGUCCGGGGGCCUGCCGCCAGCCUGGUCCCGCCUUGCCAACCCAUGCAACGCCUCGAGCAGGCUUGGCCGGUGCCUGCGGAUUGUCAAUGCAGCUUGAAGGUCAUACCUCCCUAUGCUCAGUUGCUGCGUCUCAGUCCGGUUAAAAUGGGAAAGCAGGAUGAGGAAACUCGUAGGCAUGUUGAAUUGGCGUGGGGCAUUCCGUGGUCGCCAAGUGAAUUCAUUCAGUGUGCUUGCAAAGCUGUCCACCCUGUGGCCCAAGAAGCACAAUUACCCAGCGAACUUCUUCAAGCCGUCGAAGUGAAUUGCAAUGCGACGACAGCGUCGGCCCUUGAAGGGAAGCGCACAGCUUGGUUUGAAAAAUGGUUCAAACGGUGCUUGGAACUCAGGACAGACGAAUGCAAACUCAAGGAUGGCAUGCAUCCCGACGUCCGAGGCAUCCUUGAACCUAAAAACCUUCUUGUCUGGCGCGAAAUCUUAGAUGACCUCAACUACCCUGACAAAACUGUCAUCGAGGAGGUGAUUUCAGGGACCGUGUUGACUGGUGAAGUUCCGAGUACUGGGCUAUUCAACCCUGUUUUCAAACCCGCGGCAAUGUCCGAGGACUUGUUGCGAGACACCGCCGAUGAGGGCAGGCACAGUGUCUUCCGGAGUGUUAAGUCGCAGGGUGAUUUGCUUGACCAAGAAGUAAAGAAGCAAACCCUUGAAGAACUACAGAAAGGUUGGUUAGAAGGGCCCUUUGAUCCGUCUGAGCUGCCUAACGGCUCAGUAGUUUCUCGCCGGUUCGGGAUCCAGCAAGGGUCAAAGGUACGUCUGAUAGACGACCUCAGUGCAUCGCACGUCAACUCGUGUGUCCAAACAAAUGAGUCUCCAAAGCCCCAUUCCACCGACGUUCUUGCUGCACUUGCCAUUCAGCUCAUGAGGUCCACCAAUGAGCCACUCUUGGGUCGUACCCAUGAUUUGAAAGCAGCAUAUCGACAGCUGGCGGUGUCCCAGAGUUCCGCUUGGUGCUCGUACGUUUGCAUCUGGGACCAUGAGCGUGCCGCCCCCGUGUGCUUCAGGCUCAAAGCGUUGCCUUUCGGCGCGUGCAGAAGCGUUUAUUCGUUUCUGCGCGUAGUGCAUAGCAUCUGGUUCAUAGGGACUGUUGGGUUAAGCCUCCCUUGGGUUUGCUAUUUCGAUGACUUCAUCACGAUUUGUUCGGGCAGCCUCGCACACAGCACUGACGCUACCAUCAAGCGCUUAUUCAAGCUCCUGGGCUGGACACUGUCCAGUGACGGAAAGAAGGACUUGCCGUUCAGGAGGUCUUUCGAAGCUCUUGGCAUCGUCGUCGAUUUAGAGGAGAGCGCGAACAAAGUUGUGAAGUUUGCAAACACCCCAUCCAGGGUGAGCGAACUCUGUGGGUCCAUUGGCGACAUACUCGACGCUGGUUCCCUCAAACAGCCUCUGGCCUUGAGGUUGAGGGGACGCAUGCAGUUUGCUGACAGUCAAUUGUUUGGAAGGUCCGCUAGGAUGUGCCUUAGACAAGUCACCAAGCACGCCUAUAGUGAUGUGUCCGAUACCUUGUGUGAGGAUUGCGUUUUCGCUCUGGACAGGUUCAGGAAGAUGCUUCUGGAGCACAAACCCAGAGUCUUGAACGGAUCUUUGCGGGAAAAAUUCGUCAUCUUCACGGACGCCUGCUUCGACCCAGAGGCAUCGGACUGGGCGUGUGGUAUUGGUGGCCUGCUGUUCUCUGACAGAGGUAAACUCCUAGGUGCCUUUUCCGAGCAACUUGAGCGCUGGCAGAUUGAAGCAUUGACCGAGGGCUUUCGUAAGACGGUCAUUUUUGAAGCUGAACUUUUGGCAGUUAUCGUUUCGCAGCUUGUAUGGGGACACGUCAUCAGACAUGCACCUGUGCUGUGGUUCGUUGAUAACAAUGCCUCCCGCGACAUCGCGAUUUCAGGCUGCACGAGGUCUGACAAUGCACAAGCGCUUCUAAAUGUCUUGCUGGAGAGCGAGGAGCAGUUCGAUGUCAAAGCAUGGUACGCCAGGGAAAAAGGUAAAAAGGUGAAAGUCGGAUAA